UCCCCACUUUUAUCUCUCAUCAUUUUCUUCUUCAUUUUUUUCUCUACAAAAAGACUCAAUACAACUUCAUCACUUUUAAACACUAUAUCACCAUGGAAAUCCAACAACUACUUCUCAAGUUCAAAUUCCACAUCUUAAUUGCAUCCACUUUUUCCAUUCUCAUCAUCGCUCUCAUUUACCUUGCACCUCGUUUUCUUGAUAUUGUUAAGUACUUUUGGCCUCUUUUACUCUCUACUGCUCUCUUCCUCGUCGCCAUCGUUCUUUUUGGCCGGAUUUCUCCACCUGUAGCUGAAGUUUCCGGCGAGAAAACCGGCGAAGGUAUACUGGAUUUUGUGGCUGGUCAACAUGAAGAGUUACUGCCUCACUUGCAUGAAUUACAUGAACACAAAGGACGAGAAGACGAAGUAAAAGAAGGUGAAAGUAGUAAAGUAGAAUGAAGUGAAGGGAAUUUAGUGGUUAUUUCUGCAAUUAUUUUUACUAGACACUUUUUUUUUUAGUCCUUCCAUUUAAGUAUUUUAGUUUGACUGAGCAUAAAGUGUCUUAGUUUGAUUGAGCAUAAAGUUUAAAAAAUAAAAAGAGACUUUUAUAUGUUAUGAUCCUAAAUUAAAGCCUGUGAGGGUAUAUUGGAUUUUGUAGCGGGUCAACCUGAAGAGUUACAACCUCACUUGCCUGAAUUAGAUGAACACGAAGGAGGAGAAGACGAAGUAGAAGAAGGUGAAAGUAGUAAAGUAGAGUGAAGGGCAAUUAGUAGUUAUUUCUGCAAUUAUUUUUAUCAGACACUUUCUUUGCUCCCUCAGUUCUAAUUUAAGUGUCUUAGUUUGACUGUACACAAUUUUAAGAAAUAAAAGAGACUUUUUGAA